GCUUCAGCUCGAUGAGGCAGAGAGAGAAAAAUAUCUGCUGGGUGAGGAUUAGAUAGGCGAACCCAAUCCCUUCCGAAUCGAUUCCCCAUUUUCAAUCGCAGCAGAAAGGUACCGCCUUCAUUGUCUUGUCCCGUCUUCUCAUUUCCUCUGCAGUCCGGGUGGUUCUUUGUAGCUUCUGGGGUCUUGUGUCGUGUGAUGCUGUCUUUGAGCUGUGUGAUUCGAGGGUGCUGAAGAUCAAGGACACCAGCAUGGAGUCUUCACCUCCAGAAAAUUCUUCUGAUAUGAAGGCAGCUUUCCGUAAGCCGUCAAAUGAUGCAUCUAAGAGGAAUUAUCGUAGGCGAUCUCCUACUGAUGGGUCAUCUUCAUCUGAUGUGGAACUUCAGCAUGGCCAUUCACCUAGCUCAAAGUACUGCAAGGAAGAUGCUGUGAAAGGCCAUGAUUAUCGGGAGAGGAAGAAAGACGAUGAUAAGGAUCUAACCAGAGAUUCUAGUCGGAGCCAUCAUGGAAAAAGUGGUGAUUCAUACAGAUAUUCUGAUCGCCAUUCCUCAAGGAGUUCUUAUUCUCACUCUAGGCAUGAUGAUCACAGGAGACGGGAGAGUGAUCACAGUAGGUCGAGAGAUUAUAUGCGGGAUAGGGAUAAAUAUUCUCGAGAUCGGUAUGAAAGCACAGGUCAUAGAAGCAAAGACAAAGAGAAGGAAACAUCAUCUCUAGAGCGCCAGAAUUACAGAGAUAAAGAAUCCCAUAGAUCAGAUUCUGUUAGGAGAAAGAGCAAUUUUGAAGAGUCAGAAAGGGAUCAAACUGAUUGGGACAGGGAUGAUAGAGGGGAGAAAAGAGAGUAUCGUAGGAGUUCGCGAGACCGCCGAAGUGGUUGGGAUAAAGAAGAAUCCAAAGGACACCCUACUGCUAGAAAGGACAGGGAUGAUCAAAAGCUCAGCAAGGAAAUGCGGGGUUUUGAGGAUUCAGGCUCUGUAAAUGAUAAGGAUCGGUUUGAUAGAGGAUUUAGGAAGCCUUUAGAUGAUAAAUCAAUAUUUGAGGGUGAAGGAAAUUCCCCAACCAAAAAGCCUCGCCUGUUUAGCUCUCAUGGAGGCUCUGAUUUGGGGGAAGAUGUAGAUGGUGGGAAGCAGCAGUCUCAGGAGGUCAAUGGCAAGGCAACAACACAGGCCAAUGUCAGUGCAAGCGAGGCUGCUAACAAUCUGGACGCUGCGAAAUUUGCUGCAAUGAGAGCUGCUGAACUUGUGAAUAGGAAUCUUGCUGGUGGAGCGGGCUACAUGUCUACCGAACAAAAGAAGAAGCUGCUUUGGGGGAAUAAAAAAAGCACUACCACAGAAGAGUCUUCUCACCAUUGGGAUGUCUCCAUGAUUGCUGAUCCUGAGCGUCAAGAAAAAUUUAACAAGCUCAUGAGUCUGAGGUUGUGUUGGUACCUAUGGCCAAUUGUAGGGUGUGAAGGGAGAGGUGAAGUCUUCGGAACAAAAGCCCGAGAACGAAGAUGGGAACAGCCAAAUCCGAGCAGAGAAGCAGAAGGAGCUGCAGUUGAAUCUCGAGAAGCAGUACACAGCUGGGCUUCGAAGAAGGGACGGCCGGACUGUUGGGUUAGGCCUCUAAGGAUCCGCCUCAAAUCUUUAACUGGUCACUUUUUGUUGAACGCUUUUGUCGGAGUUGUAUCUCUCCUUGGUUUAUGUUCAUGGGGUGGUUCCCCCUCGGUUUAUGUUCAUGGGAUGUCCACCACGAUAAUGCUACUGGUGCUAAAAAAAAAAAUCAGAUAUUGAUGAAACAGAUUCUAUGGAUGAAUGCUUGAGUUGUUCGAGUUCA